UAACCAAGGACGGGAGAGUGUCCGCGACGAGGACGCUCCUCCAGCGUAAGGAACGAGGAAGAAGAGAAUCCCUUGAUCGAUACGCUUCGUCCCUUUGUAUCUUUCCGAUACGCGACACCUAAUAAACCUAACGAAAGUUGCAGAAUUUGAUCGUUUUUGUUCCGUGAAGAAGUUUACUCAGCUGGCAACGGCUCGCCCGUUUCGCGCGUAAAUCGGGUCGGAGAACCUGCGUGCGAUGCGGAAAUUCCAUUCAGCCACGUAUCGAUUCGAAAUUGGUGGAGAUGCGCGCAUCUGCGCGAAACGUGCCAACACGUCGGAGUCGUGGCUACGCGCGUCGAUAGCCAACCGUUCCUAGUGUCUCGUUCCGGGUUCCGCGCGCCGAGUUUCCCCGAGGUCGCCGAGUUUCGACGAUCAAACGCUUCUUCUUCCACCGAGUCUAUCUUUGCCCGUCGCUGCGCUUCGCGUCGUCCGCUUCUUCUCUCCAUAUUCUCCGUGCAAAAUUAUGUCAUCGACGAAGAAAGGGAACUUGGACUCGUAGAAGGUCCGACUUAACCCUCGCGUGACGUCGGGUCGUUCCGUGUCGGUUCGCGUCGGGCUAGUUCGCGUCGGGUCGGUUCGCGUCGGGUCACGUUACGUUACGUCGCAUAUCGUUGUGUCGGGUCAAGUUGGGAUUUAUGUAUCCCUACUCGCGCUCUCGACUAAACGAAGUAUAUCCGGAGUCGUUAUCGAGAUUCGUCCGACUCGGUCCAAGUUGCUCGCGCGAGCUUUCGCCGAAAUAGACGACAGCAAGAGCUACGGUAAGGAGCAUUAAUUGCAUCGAUAAUCGCCGCCGGUUUUCUACGAAUAGUUAUCUAUUCCGUACGACAAUCCCGUCCAGUGUUAUUUUUCUCUCUGUCCUACGUGCGGCUGUCCACGUGUUCGCGCGUAAAUAUUUCCGUUCUUUUUUCCCAAUUAAUCUUUAGUCAUAACAGUUGUGUACUCGAAGCUUCGACGGAUGCUCGUUAAUUCGUGCAACGAUGUUUGUGAAACUAAUCUACCGAUAACAUCCCGAAUGUGCUCUACGUAACGCGUAGAAAACGAUCUUCUCUUCGCGUAUUUCGAAGGAUAUUCGUGGAAACAGCGUGCGCCGCAUGGUACACGUUUACCGGUUAAUUGUUUCCGCGUUGCUUGCGAACUUGCGAUUAUCGUUUCGUUUCCGUUGCUCGUCACGUACCAGUCGCGAAUAAGAGUAACGAAGAUCGAUCGGAACAAGUCGGGGAUCCGAACGUUCGUCGUCCCGACGUCUCUUGGUAACUCGAGUGGCCGAUACCGCGGACUACGGGGCAGAUUCGCGGACGAGAGGACGAACGACGGCGACCGGUGAGAAGCGAUCUCGAUGACCGCGCGGCCGAUCGCGAUCAUCGCGAUCAUCGCGGUCGCGUCCAAGCGACCCACGACAGCGAGAGUGCGCUCCAAGGCAUGCACUCGCGAACGUGGAAUCCGGUAUCGGUACCGAUGCCGGUGCCGGUGUCGACGUCCGUGCCGUCGGACCAUCUCGAAAAUCACAACCGAGACUCCAAGCGACGAUUGCGCGCGGUCGUCGAUUGUCUUCGUCGACGGCAAGUCAUCGUCCUUCUGCUGCUGCCGGCGGCCCUCCUGGCCAGCCUGUACAUGGUUUCGUCCGAGGAGGAGUACGAUUUCGAGCCGCGAUAUCCGUCCGUCUUCAAGGUGUACAACGCGGUGGAGGAAACGAUGGACGGCUACCUAGUGUGGAACUCGAGGUGCCAGAUGCUGUCGAAAGAACCGCUCGACCCGUCCAUUCGAUCUCACGUGAAGAAGGAAAAGUUCGAGAGGUGCUGGACGGAGCCGUUGCUCAGUCGCGUUUCCCGGGAGAACGCCAGUCUGAUCCUGUCGCUGGAUCCGACCGUCGCCGUCGAUCAUCCGGACCUGAAGUGCUGUUGGUCGUCGGUGUUGAGGGCGGAGAAGAAGCAGCCGGAGAAAGCGAACAAGGACAACAACGUCGAUUCGUCGAUCGUGGUGAAGCGAUGCGAGAGCUUCGAGGGAGAAACCACGUUGCCCGAAGAGGUCGCGGGCAUGGCCGCGGCCGUGAUGGUCAGUUGCAGCGUGAAGCCAAAGUCCGAGGAGAAACGCGCUGGUAAACCGAUCUACGAGAACGUUCACGCGAUCCUCGACGUGGACAAGGUCCGCGAUCGUUGGCGGAGCACGAACGAGCUUCCCCGGCCGACGGGUGCCGCGACUCUUUCCAGGAAACUCAGCAUUCUGGUGCUCGGCAUCGACAGCGUCAGUAGAUUAAACUUUAUGCGAAGCGCGCCAAACACCGAGAAAUACUUACUGGAGACCGGCUGGCUCCGAUUCGAAGGAUACAACAAGAUGGGCGACAACACCUUCCCGAAUUUGAUGGCGAUCCUCACCGGACUGAAUCAAGCACAGGCCUAUUCUCGAUGCAAACCCACCGUUCCUUACAUGUUGGAUCGCUGCCCCUUUCUCUGGGCAAAUUUCCGCAACGCCGGUUACGCGACCGCUUACGGCGAGGACGAGACUUCCCUCAACACCUUCAAUUACUUCAAAGUCGGCUUCGUCGACCCACCUACCGACUAUUACCUACGACCGUACAUGCUCGCCUGCGAAAAGUUGCUCAAAGUGAAGAAGAGAUUCGGGCUAAAGUAUUGCACCGGACCCGAGACCAGUUUCGACAGAAUCCUCGAUUUCGCCAGCGAUUUCGCUCGCGCGUUCCUCGGCCAGCCGUACUUCGGCUUCUUCUGGACGAUCAGCGUGAGCCACGAGAACGCGAACGGAUUGUCGUCGAUGGACGAGCGAUUGCUCUACAAGCUGAAACGUCUGGAACGAGAGGGUGUACUGAACGACACGAUGAUCGUCCUGUUGAGCGAUCACGGGAUGCGUUGGGGCCCUAUCAGAAACACGUUUGUCGGUUGGUACGAGGAGAGGCUACCGUUUCUAUACUUUUGGUUGCCGGAAUGGUUCCGAGUGGAACGACCGGAAGCGUAUUCGUCGCUCCGCGUCAACCGACAUCGACUCACUUCGCCGUUCGAUCUCUACGAGACGUUCAGGGAGGCGCUGAGUCUGUCGGGUGGCUCUGCCGGCCCGUCCGUCGGCUGUCCCGACUGCCGCAGCCUGAUCGCUGCACCGGUACCUCGCGAGAGAGGCUGCUCGGACGCCGGGAUCUCGUCUCACUGGUGCGCCUGUACCGCCUUCCAAUCGGCCGAUACCCGCGAUCCUAUCGUCCAGAAGGGCGCCCAGGUGUUUCUAGACCACGUGGACAAGCUGAUCGACGAUUACCGGAACAAGAAGGGUAGACGGUUGUGCGCGAAACUCGGCCUGAAGAAGUUGCAUAGAGCGGAUCGUGUAGUCGAGUUUGCAAACACUACCAGCGUCGCUUACUUUUACUUGAUUCAGGUCAGCCCCGGUGAUGCCAAGUUCGAGGUUACCGUGCGGUAUCACGAGAACGGAACGUACACCGUGUCCGAUCACGAAGUUAGCAGGAUCAACCCUUACGCUUCCACCGCGGACUGUUUGAAUCGUGGAAUGAAACAAUAUUGUCACUGUCUCAAGUAAUUUUCCGCGAGGGA